GUAACUAUAUAGGGGAAUUCAUUAAAUUUGAUGAAAGCCACUUUAAAGAAAAAUGGAGUUCUUACUUGAGGGUUAGGGUAAAGAUGGAUAUAAGAAGACCCCUAAAAAAAGGUUCUACUUUGACUAAGGGAGGGGAAGGACACUGGGUAGAUUUUAAAUAUGAAAAACUACCAAACUUCUGCUUCAUUUGUGGGAUUAUGGGGCACUCUGAGAAGUUUUGCCCGUUAAAAUAUGUGGAGGAUCUAGUUUUGGAGGAAAAUUUUAGUGCUGAUCUCAGAGCAGGUGGUGGGGUUAAGAUCAGCCCCACGAGGGGCGGCAAGUGGUUGGGGGAUAAACAUGGAGGUUCGAGUCAGCAAUGGAGGGCUCAACAAAAGGAAGAAGGCACUAUGAGACGGGACCGCAGGGGAAGUACCGCUGAGUCUGAAAGCAGUGGCACAAAGGAAGAGACUAGAAGCGGUGCUGGGGAGGUCGCGGUGGACCAGAAGCGCAAGAGAGUUUGGAAGGAGCCGUCAGAAGAAAACAUCUCAGGGGAGGAGAUGGCACUGGACAACACAAAAAACGGGGAGGAGGCGGGUCUCAGCUCCUAGGCCCGCCUGAAGUAUUCAUGAAGCUGCAGGUGCAGAGUUUCCACGGUGGUGCUUAUUUUAUUAUUGCUUGCUUUGUUUCUUUUGAUGGUCAGACUGUUGUUUUUGUUAUUGGUUUUGGUUAUUUUUGUAAGACUCUUGCAUUAGGCUCGGGUGAUGAGUGUGCUGCAGUAACCAUUAUUGGCUCAGUUAUGCCCAGUUUAGGAUCAGCGAGUUAUACUGCUUUUUUGAAGGUGGUUAACUCAGAGUCUGGCCCAAGGGCGGAUGGUUAUGGGUGGUGCUCUUGUUAUUUUAGAUCCUUGCUGAAUGCUUUUAUUCUAAUAUAAGCCCCCUUCAUUCAAAA